AUUGAUUGUUGGCGGGAUCAGAGGAAAUUCAGAACAUGCAAUGAAAAGAAAGCAUCCAGAAAAAGGGUUACAGUCCAUCACAAAGUUUUUCAAAACAUCAGAAAGUCAACAAGUUUAUUGAUCUGUAUGCUGUAUAAGUGAGCCAUGAACCACUUCCGACAUGUCUAUAACUAUAGGCAUGAUGAAUAUUAUGAACAGCCCAGAGAAUAUGAUAGAUCUUCCUAUGAUCUUGCCAGAAGAGGCUACCCUUACAGAGAGAGGCAGAUGCCACCUGGAUAUAACCAAGCACCAAGAGAGUCGGUGUAUGAUGCUGGUAGAUACAAUCCUAGGGAAAGGAAUGCACAUUUUCUGCAGGGGUCAUAUUCUGCAGAUUUUGAGAGUGGGGCCCAGUGGAAUGAUUAUUAUGCAAGAAAUUUUGAAGACAGGGUAAACAUGACAGACUACAGAGAGUACAGAAAUUCAGACAGAGUCUACGGAAUCUCAGAAAGAGACAGAAUUUCACAGAGAGGAUAUGGCAUUUCAGAUAGGGGAAUUGAUUCACAAAGAGGCUUUAGAAUUCCAGAAAGAGGCAGAAAUUCAAAUAGAGGCUAUGGAAUGUUAGAUAGAGGCAGCCAUUUACAGAGAGAUGUUGGAAUUUCUGAAAGAGGCUAUAGUAGUUAUAUUGAAAGGGGAACUUAUCAUGCUUAUAGAAGUAAAAGACCAUAUUGGAAAGCACAUGGACCAGAGGAACCUUAUCACACGAGUGAGCCAGGUUACCACAGGUCAGAUACUAGAGCGGGCUAUGUGUUUGAUGAUUCACCACCAGAAAAGAAAACACAAUCUGAUAAUUCCCAAACACAGUUAGGUGGGGAAACUGACCCAAAUCAGAUGUUUUCAAGAGGUUCACCUCAGAAAAAAUCCCCAAGAGGUACUUUAAAAUAUCCUAAAAUAAAAGCAUCAGCUGCUCAAGAAAUGUUGAAAACAAACCAUGUGAAGGAAACCACAGGCAAAGAAAGCUCAGGAAAUGGUAGUAAGACCAUAGGAAAUGUUCAGAAACAGAACUUGUCAACGUAUAAAGAAAGCUUAAGGUGUCACUCAGGCAUAGCUAACAUAAAGGACCAAGGGUUAACAAGUAAGACAGGUGCUUGUGGUCAGAUGGGUUUAAAGUCACAUGGGAAUGAUAAACAAUUAGUAGAUGUGUCAGCAGCAGACUUGGAUUUAAGGCAGAUAAAAGGUUCUAGUCCCACUGACAUGACUAGAAUUCAUCCUAACAAACUAAUGAAGGAAUCCAAUACAGAAGCGAUAGUGACUGAAGCAGGUGCUAGGAAUAAAAUUUCCAUGGACUAUGACAAAACUUUGUCAUCCGAUGAACCUAAGAAUGAAAUUGAACGUUUGGUAGGGCUAUCCUCUCUGACGUUGGCUUCAGGCUAUGAUGAAGAUGUCCAUUCCAAACCCAAUGCUAAGGCUGCCAGAGAGAGCAAUCAUUCAGAUGACGAUUGUGUAGUAGUCAAUCCUACUGGUAAAACACCCUCUCUACAGAAAACUCCUCAAUCUUCCACUGUUUCUGGAGAAACACAGGUUACUGCAGCAGGCUCAUCAACAAACAAAGGACCCGUAACUAUCAAACAAACAAAGAAAGGAUCUGUAACAUCUGAUGAACAAAUCUCUAGCGUUCCAAGAGCAAAUGUCUUCAAUAAUGAUUCAGAUCAGACACUGAAGCUCCAGAAACGGAGCGCUACUGAAAACAAUGAUGUUGAAAUGACAGAUGAAGGUAUUUGUGAAAUAAAGGUGAAAACUUCUAACAGUAGUUCUGAAGAAAGACCAGGGAGUAGUGUAGAUAAUUCAAGUGUUGCUGGAUCAGAGAAUACAAUGUUGUCUGGAAAUUUAUAUAAAUCAGAACCUAGGAAUGAAGGCAGAGUAGAUGGUGUGCAAGACAGUGUAAAUGUAGGACCAGGUUAUAGGACACCAGAGAAUUCAGGACAGGACGGCAGUCAGUUGUCCGCAGGGAGGAGAGGAAUGGCAAGGACACCAAGUAGUGACAGUAGAUACAGCACAGAGGAAAGACAAAGAGUGGUGAGUGGAGAAAGUCAGCGAUUUCCUACGAUGGAAAGACUGCAAGUGGGAGAAGGAAGGAGGCGCCACUCUGAGGAGCCACGUUAUGGGAGUGAGGGUCAUCCUACACAACACAGGGGCAGCACUGACCACUCAAGUCAGGACAAGAGAGGGGUAAUGCAGAGGUCCCAGUCAGAUAAUUCCCAAGAAAUCACUCCUAAAACUGCCAAGACAUACAGGGAGUAUAGAGAGGCAAAGCAGAGACAAUUGGAGAGAGAAGAACGAGAGAGAAAGCGGAAUCAGAUGAGGUCCUCUUCUAUAGAGAGACAUAAUGGCUACUCUACUCCAAAUAAGGAGCCAGUGAAGAACUCUGAUCAUGUGGUGACACCAAGCAAUCCUUCAAAUAAAGGGGGACAACCUAGCAGUUCUACAAUAUCUGAUUCCUUGGAGUCUAAAUUCUGCAUUGUGUAUGGUGCUGAAAUACCAAGUCCUCAGGAAACUAAUGACCGACUGAGUGACUACGACAUAGAUCUAGAUGACUCUGAUGAUGAGCUCCUAGAAACUCCCUCCUUUUUAAAAGACUUAGAAACUGCCAUCACACAACCAGUUCCUGGCACUCCACCUCCAAAGAACCACUCUUCUCCAGGCCCUGGCAGCCCUAUUCCAAUGUCCAACAAUAACUCCAUUUUCAUUCCGACCACAUCAAGAUUUGCCAAGUUUUCUUUGGAUAGUUUGCUAGCAGAACAGACAGACAAGCCUGAUGAGCAAAUAGAGUUUGAAGAAAUGCAGACAGAAUUAAAGGAGUCUGUGAGAAAAGGGGGCUUUGUGAAAGAUACACUUGAAAAGCAAGAAGAUCAUACAGAACAAAAUUUACUUCCUGAACACCAGGAGCAGAUAGAACAUCUUGAAAUGAAGAAAAGUGUAAUAUCGACAGCCCACCCAGGCGAGACAAUAUUCUGUCCGAGUCGCUACAAACAGCUUUACACUUCCCGAAUCUCGCCCACCAUGUGUGGAUUUACUGCAGGGGAGUCCUACAUUGACAAAUUCCUUACCACAGUCCAGCCAAAAGAUUUUGAUACCCUGCUAUCCUCUGAAGUUCUAGUCAGCAGUCUGGAUAAGGUGUCCUGUCCUAAAAUUCUCCUCAAAUGGCUCAUCUUUCUUUUGUCAGUGGAUGAGAGCCACCUGGUGAUGGAUGGCUGUUAUAAGGUCCUGGAGGAAUACCUGUAUUGUCACAAGGUGUUCCAUGAUGAUCAGGACGAUCCAUGGGCCCCUCCUAUUGAGGACUUACUCACUGUCUUCAUGAAUUGUGGAGCAUCUGAAGAAAGCAUUUUACCUAAAGAUGUGUUUAAAGAUGAUGAAGAAAUAAGCUCCCUUGGCAGUAAGGUGACCAGAGAGGGUAACCAGCCACUCCCUCCCCCCAAUGCAGGCAGCUUUAACAGAGAAAAUCUCAGGAUGGUCAUCCAAGUCCUAGCACUGGCUCUACAGAGGAGACCAAAGUACCGGACCUCCCACCUGCUGGCAUUGUAUGUCAUGUUAUGUAGAGUGGCCCUGGACAAAUCACUCAACUGUGGUUUAAUCAACAUAGAAAUCCAGUCUUGUUUAGGCAGCAUUGUGAGUUGUUAUUCGGAAUCAGAAUGGAAGACUCAGGCAUUACAGCUGUGUUCAAUUCUCCCCACCCUCACAGAACACCACCACAACAAGGCCUACCUGGCCUCCCUGUCCCCCUAUGGUGGGCGGGGACAAUUCCUACAGAGGAGGGUGGCCUACAUCAUGCUGAGGCAGCUGUUUGAUCUGGAACCUUGCUCUACAGAGAAGCUAGAAAACUGCAAGAUUCGAGAGCUUCACCAGUUUUUGCCACACCUUCAGAAUUUGGUAAACACAGACAUGUACAAGUUGUACAGCUGUAUUAUGCUGAUAGACCUGUGUGUGGGGAAUGGUCUUAUUACUCCAACAGAGAAGGAUAGCCUCCAAUACCUGUCAGAACAGAUCAAGAAGAUUUGUGGGGAGACAAGGGAUGAUGUCCGCAUGUUAGACAGAAGCAGGGUGAAGGACCAAAUGGUGAGGCUGACCAGUAAAUGGACAUUGAUGUUACUCAGAGUGGGCAGUAAACAGAGGAGCAUAUUUGCCUACACAACUUCCAGAGCUCCCCAGAGUCUGACAAUAGAGACAGUUCAAACUGCCCAAUCUGAUGAGAGCCAAUCGGAACAGGAUUCUGAUAAUAACCAAUCAGAAGAAGAGUCAGAUGAAGAUAUGGAACCCCUGGAGGACAUAGAUGUAGACCCCACAGAAAUGCAGACUGAUGAUGUCCCUACUGAAAAACGAACUAAUGAUGUCCCCACAGAAUCACCAUCUGAUGAUGUCUUCUCAGAAAUACCAGCUGAUGAUACAUGACAGGAGGCAUUGUCAUGUGACCUGGGAUCUGUGCUUUAGAAACUUCAUUUUGUUGAGUACAUGUAUUUUAGACAGAGAUGUUAUAUAAACAUUGUUGAACAUUUAUAAGAAUCAAAUAAAGCUAGUCGAAUAAAGUACAUGUAUGUAAUUUCACCACUUACGGAAACAGUCUUGUAUUUUUCCUUUUAAUACAGCUCUCUAUAGAAUCUCUUGUAUUUUGAGGUCAAAGGUCAAGGUCAGAUGCACAAAAUGGUUUUUAGAUGAUAACUUUGGUUUACUUUGAAGUUUUGCGAUGAAAAUUCAUGUCAUAACUUCUCGUGACUUAUGGUCAAGAGCUAGUAAAUGAAAGGUGACUAUAGAUUUUUCAAAUUUGAGAAACAAGUUCAUUUAAUGAUACUUUACAAAUAUAGCCU